AAAGCGUCCUAACUCUGCGCAUGCGCAUUGGGUCCGAAGGCUGCCUCGGAGAUGAGCAGCGGCGGCUCUGCGAGCGCGACUCCGAGCCCAAACAAAACCGGCGAGUCUCCGUUUCCCGGUGGUGGCAGCAAGAAGCGGGAUUCAUUGGGGUCGCCGUCAUCCCAGCCUAUUUUAAAAGAUGUUGGAGAAAUAUAUUCACGACUUUUGGAUCACAGGCCAGUUAUUCAAGGAGAAAUUCGCUAUUUCAUUAAAGAAUUUGAAGAAAAACGUGGUCUCCGGGAAGUACGGGUUCUCGAAAACUUAAAGAGCACUAUUUUUGAGGCAAAUGAUCAAACUCUGCCAAAGUGUGAAGAAGUAAUGCAUGAAAAUCUAAAUGAAGCCCUCAGGAGAUUACAGUUAGCAAAUGAAAUGAUCAACCGACUGCAGCAGAGAGAGCAGGAAGAAAGACAGCUUCAAAUUGAAAAGCUCAUGGCGGAUGAAACUCAACGUAGAGAACUGUGGGAGGAAUUCAUGAAGGAACAGCAGAACAUAAAAGCAGUUGUGGAUGAAGAACACACAAAAGCCAUGGAGCGCCUUAAAGAACAAUAUGCUGCAAUGGAAAAAGACUUGGCCAAACAUACUCUUUAAAAAACCUCAUUCACAAUUAGAAUGUUGUUCAUUUACAGUAUUCUUGUCUUAUUCUCAUAAUAUUCUAAUCUUUACCAAUUCCUGAGCGGCUGGAAUUCAUACACUAUAUCAGGAAUAGCAAAAACAAAACACCUGGGUGGCUACUAUACUGUAUCUCUUACACUGAAUAGUCAUGUUCGAUGUAAUUUUUUUUUAAAAAAAGAAAAGAGUAUUUUGGAACACAAAUACUAUUAUCCUUUAGAAAACUAGACUAGUAUCUAUGUCUUGCUUUGUACUCUCAUCUUUUUCAUGCAGAUCAUUCAAAUAACUUUCAUACUACUUUUUUCCAAAGAGCAGAAAUGUUUGGUGAUGGGCUUGUUGGUUUACAGCAGUACUGUAGCUGUGUAGUCCCACAAAGCUGUGAAAAAAUAAUGCUCAGAAGUUUUCGAUCAAAUUAUGGAUGCUAGCAAAGUCGUCAGCUGUAGUAUCCCGAGUCAGAAGUGAUCAUUCCAGAUAGUUUGUUUUGACAAAAUAGGAUCAUGAAAAUGAAUGAUUGUCUACCUAUUUCUCAAAUAUAUUUUUUUUUGCCUGAUAGAUGUUUGUCCUGCUGGAGGUUCACUGUACACGAAAUAACAGUCUUGUUCGAUCUCUGUUACAUAAAUUUUGUCGGGCACUUUGUCUAAACAUUCACAUACAAUUUCUUUCGAUGACAGUACUUAAUGUUAAAUUGCCUAUUUUCUGUUACUGUGGCAGAUUAAAUAGUUUUCAGUUGAAAAGUAUAGCUUCACAUAUCAGAAGAUUAAAUAUUAACAUAAUAAAAAGAAGUGUUUUGAUUAUCCUUUUGUAACUUAACUUUCUUUAGAAAUGCAUUAAUGGCAAAAUGAAAGCUUAGAUAGGCUAGCUAAAGGACAGGAAAAUCAAGUCUUAUUUUAAUAGCUAGGCAGUAUGUAAAAUCAGCGCAUGUAAGACAAAAUGAUACAUCAGCAUUGCGCCUGCAGUAGGCCAACAAUGGUUGCCUGUAUGAAUUGUAUGGCUAUGGCUUAAUGUCAAGGCUCCAUCCUGGCAGCCUGUUGAUAAUGUGAUUAAAGUGAGCAGAGGAGAUGGAAUAAGUAUUUGUGAUUUCUUUCAAUAACACUGAACCUCUGCCAAGCUGCUCCAUGCGCUACUGUACAAGCUGACAGCUUCAUCAAUCAUCAUCAGGUACCUGGACUGAAAAGAGUACUUGCCAACACCGAGGCAUGCUGGAAUGUUGUUAAUUCUCUUGUGAAUUUUUUUUUGGGGGGGGGGGGGGGAAUAGAUGACUUUAAAACUUCUCACACAUGAGUAAAAGGGAAAAAAUAACAUCUAAUGAAAUCCCCAUUCAAUGCAAAACAGUCUUUCAGAUGUCUAUAGAAACCUGCCAAUAUAUGAAUACUUAGUAGAGUAGUAAAUUAAAAAACAUACGUGGCUUUAAAAAAAAAACUUCAAAACAAUUUGGAGGAGUGAGGAAAAUAUCCCACAGAAAGGUCUUGGUUUACAACUUACAUUGUCAUUGAUCAUUGCCCAUUAGCUAGAUAGGGCUAAUGAAGAAACAUUAAAACAUUACUUUGUUCAUCUGUGCAUCCAGUCUCUGUAUGCCCUGGUCUUCAUUUUCAAACCUAUUUUUCUUUUCUAAUCUCAAAUUCUUGCUUUUCCAUCCAUUCUGGUUAUUUUAAAGCCUUGUUAAAAUCACUUUUUUUUAAAGUUGCAAUUUGCCUUUAAAAAUAAUUGCUCACUUAUGUUUUGCACAUUUCUUUCACCUAUUUAUAAUUUACAUUGUCCAUCUGAUUGACAUGGAAUUUUUCAUACAUUCAGUUACUUCUGCAAAAGAUCAGACCUGUCACAUUUCAAACAAAUAGAAAAGGGAAUUCAAAUGUAUAGAUAACGUUGUGACAGAAUAGGGUGCUUGAAGCAUUGAGAGCAAAAGAUGUUUUGGUUGGUGCGAGCAACAAGAUUGUCCUAAAAACACGUGAUUAAAAGCAUCCUGUUCACCAGCAGCAUAUUAAUUUCCAGGUGAUUUUUUUCACUGUAAGAAAAGUGGAAAUAAUAUAAUAAAAGUUUCGAACCUAGUUUUCUCUGGAAUUUGUUAUAUUUAUUUUAGUUAUUAGACUUGUAUACCGCUACUCCCAGUUUGGCUCGGAGCGGUUUAUAAAAUGUAAGAUAUCAAUAUGACAAAAUAAAUCUUUACACUGUC